ACAGAGAGACAGAGAGAGAGAGAAACACAUGGGGGAUGGGGAGAGAAGGGACAGAGAAGGGAAGAGAAUAAGAGGAUAAGAGUAACAGAGUGAGAGCACAUUUCAGUUCUUGAGGAGGGUUAUAUGUUAUUUUUCUGUAGAGCGGUGCAAAAGAGAAGGGGUGACAUACUUAUCAAUUGCCAUUUAGCUUUUUGAGCCAAUACAUUCUUUCUGUAGUUCUCAGUUCACCAUCCUUCAGAGUGCCCGGCAUACUAAUUUUAAACAGACAGAGUAGGCUUUUAUUUGAUCUUCAUCAACAAGAGAAAACAUAAUUUCCUGGCUACUGAAAUGUCUAUUCAUCACAUUUUUAGCAGGUAAUCUUAUAAAAUAGAUGUUAUUUUUACUAGUUGUAACACAAAGUUUGGCCAUAGAAGUUUCCAGAUUGCAAUGCUUUUCAGAAAUAAAAUUUCCAGCUUUGCCUUUUUUUCUUUAUAGGUAGAUUACAAAAAUUAACCACUUUCCUUCUCCCCCUAUCUUCCUCUUUCUUCCAUUUUCCUCCCUCCCCUUCCUUCCCUCUCACUACCCCAAGCUUUAAUUUUUCAAAGUUUCUAAGAAUUCUAAAAUGUUUAUAAGAAAAUAUUUUUACCAUAAGGAAUUAGUACAAAGCUCUCACAGUUUUAAAUUCCUUACGUCUGGAUCUUGUUCACACUUUUGGUUACAAUAUCUUGUCUCUACUAUUUAAAGCAUGCACAUUGCUAAUGCUUCUAAUAAUUAGAGCAUGUUCCUCAGCUCAGUCAUGAAUUGAUGAGUGUCCUCCCUUUAAGGAUGAGGAAAUGGAGUCGGAGGAAAGCUAAGUGACUUGCUAAGGUUAUGUGGUCUUAGGGAAGCAUGUUAUGUUUGGAUCAAUGGUACAGAUUUUCACAGACCUAUUAUUCCUUUAUUUCAGAACUCUGAAACUUAGGAUAAGGCACAUCCUAGACUGGGGUUGUGUGUACAAAGUCUGACAUAAAACCUGGCUGUAUCUCCUAGCAACAUAAACCCUCUUUAUUCUUUUGCCAGGCCUCCACAGGCUUUGUGGUUCUUCUUCCUCCCACCUCUUAACUUUGUUCUUCUCCAUUUAGUGUCCUGGCUCAUUUCUAUAUAUAUUCUCCUGUUUCUCUUGUGACUUCAUUUCACAUUUUUUGGUCUAUGUGGACCUCCAUUUCUGAUUUUUCUUUCUCCCACUCCAUCUGUUCUAGGUUCUUAAAAAUACACUGUCAAGUCUAAGUCAACAUUGAACAAGAACAGGAAGAGAUGAACAAGGAGAUCCCCAGCUCAAGGGCAUAGUGACCAGGUUAUAUUGCAGGCAAGGUUACUACUUGCAGAUGCACCCUGAUGGAGCUCUCGAUGGAACUAAGGAUGACAGCACCAAUUCCACACUGUUCAACCUCAUCCCAGUGGGACUGCGCGUUGUUGCCAUCCAGGGAGUGAAGACAGGGUUGUACAUAGCAAUGAAUGGAGAAGGUUACCUCUACCCAUCAGAACUUUUUACUCCCGAAUGCAAGUUUAAAGAGUCUGUUUUUGAAAACUAUUAUGUAAUCUACUCAUCCAUGCUGUACAGGCAACAGGAGUCUGGCAGAGCCUGGUUUUUGGGAUUAAAUAAGGAAGGGCAAGCUAUGAAAGGAAACAGAGUAAAGAAAACCAAACCAGCAGCUCAUUUUCUACCUAAGCCAUUGGAAGUUGCCAUGUACCGGGAACCAUCUUUGCAUGAUGUUGGUGAAACAGUCCCGAAAGCUGGGGUGACACCAAGCAAAAGUACAAGUGCAUCUGCAAUAAUGAAUGGAGGCAAACCAGUCAACAAGUGCAAGACCACAUAGCCAGAUCCUCAGGUGUCCUGACUUACUUAUCCCGAGCACAGUGGAGUGAUUUAUCCUUCCUAGACAUUCCUGCUCCUGUGGCGGAAAAGCCCCAGCAAGCAAGCUGACGCUUGUCCUAUGCUGUCUCAGACCUCCUUCGUUGCAAGUGGAUAAAUCUCAACCUGUGGCCCCCCCUACACCAAGAAGACACCUGGACAAACCAGCUGAACUCAGACCAUGGAAUGCCCUACCAGAUAUGGAAUGCCUUUUUAAUAUCUUUUCUGUGACUGUGACACUUCCUGUGAAUGACAUACUUCACAAGUACACUCAAUACCUUGCCUGCUGACAGCUACCCAUAAUCCUUUUUGAGUCCUGUUUCAGCGAAAUCCAUGUGUUUAAGUUCAAUUUUGUAGCACACAAAUAAUAUUGAGUAAUUUCUAGUUAGAUGCUGUAAACCUGUGCUAUCAUGGAUUUCUCUUCUUUCCAUUUUUACAGGGCUGCUCGCUCCACUGUCUGUGACCUUUAGCAGGGAUUGUGUUCCUCUGAAUCUUCAGUGUUGCAGUUGGUUUGCUUAGAAGAACAAUUAGGGAAUCAGGAAGCCUUCUAAACCUAUUACUACAAAUAGUAUCUAUAAAGAUUAAGAUUGUUGUCUUUGGCUCACAUUAUUGAUCAAACACACAUAUAUGCUCUGUCUAGUAGGAGAUGCUGUGCUCCCGAGGUAGGCAUUGCCUGGGUGGAACAAGGGUCAAACACAAUCCAUGGAAAGUAUCCUCUAUGAUAGGUGUUUGGCAUUCCCUCUUAGUUUCUUUAUGUGUGUGUGUUUUAUACAUAUCACAAGCUUACUGGUAAUGGUAACAUUUGCCUUGCCCAGCGAGCAAGACCCACUUAGUUUUUGAGAAAGUGGGUCCAAAGAAUUCUGUAGGCCUUGUAGGCCUGAUUAAGGUUCAUUUUAUUUUCAUCAAUUAAUCCUCAUUAUUGGGAAAAAAAAUAAAAACCCAAAUCAUUACAACCUAUAAGAAAUAUGCUACCUAAAUCCAUUUCUGGCCCACUCCUUCCUGUUUUUAAUGAAGAUAACUCAGUGUCACACCUGAUUUGGGCUGCAUUCCAGUUAUCCUCAUCCUCAGCCAAGCAUGGGCAAGGUGGCUGUUGUGUUCUUUCCUGAAGCAGCAAUGCACACGUUAGUAUAAAUUAGACUUUAACAUUUUUGGUAUUUAAUGGCAAGUUUUAAAACUGGACAUAUUAGGAGUUUUGUUUGCGUUUUGGUUUUUGUGUUUUGGGUUUUUUUGUUUUUUGUUUUGUUUUGUUUUGGUUUUGGUUUUGGUUUUAGCUCAGCAUGGGGCCUAGUAUCCUGGAUGUCAUCAGUAUACACCUCUAACUCAUCACUGUUGGGCCCAACAGGUUGGGUUAGAGAUGACUUGUCAAGGUUUCAGAAUAUGGUUUGUUGAGUACCCUAAAUAAAACUAAAGACAACCUAACAUACUCCAGCCUUAGGGGUUUGGGCCAUUUGAUUUAUUUAAUUUUCUUUUAUUGCUUUAAUUUCAUUAUGACUUGAAUUCUGUAGAGCUCCAAGUUUAGGGAUACUUAGAAAGGCUGUGAAAUGCUGGAGAUACACCUUGAAGAUUUCAUGCAAAAUGUUCAAUAUCAGAUACAAAAAAAGCUUCAAAAUGUUUAGUACUAAACUGUUUGGAAAAAUAUUUGUUAAUUGUAUGUAACUUAAUAAAAUUCUAUGUUUUCUUCUCAGAAGAGUUCAUUGAGACCAAACUGAACCUCUUUUAUAGAAAACAAUCGAUGUGGGAUCAAUGUACUGUACUAUUGUUAUUAUUUCCAUGUGGCAGGAUGACCCACUUGCCACUGUCCCCCUUUGCACUGUACUUACUGGGAAAUCAUUUUCUCAUUGCUUUCAUGAAUCUCCAUGAAGUCAGCCUUUGCCCAGCAUAGAAAAAUUUUGGCCUGCUUAGCUAAUUAAAGAUUCAGUAUAAAUUUAAGUGUUUAUGCUCAUUUCAUUUCAUACUAGAUUCCAUUUCAAUAAAUAAACAUUAGCAAAAUC